UACAAUUCCGUCCGCGUAACUCGCGAGUUACCACCAUCAUUCAUAAAUAAUAAAACUGUAGUCGCGGUUCAGUAUCGAGUGCGGCUUUCGACGGUGCGCACACGUCGGGCCGCGUAACUCGCGGAUUCUUUCCCAGUUUAGUUAAGAGUUUGUUACGAAAGAAAUCAUCGAGAUAUAUAAGAACUGUUGUCCGUUAUUGGGAUCUGGAUACUAUUACUUCAAAAACGGAUAGAAGGCUUGUGCUUCGAUUGCGCCCUUUUUUGGUGGCUUUCGGAAAGGGUCCUUCAUCCCCUACAUCACAUCUCCGUUCAAAUUUUCCACCAUGGUCCUUUUCCGUCACUCGGAGUCUGCGCACGCUAUAAUCGACACGACGGAGGGUGUGCCCGACGGUGAAGAUUCGCCAAGAUUAUUGCGGAUGUCACCCCUUCGGCAUAGCCUCGGCGCGCAUUCUAUCACCACCAACAGCUCGCUGGAUGCCGAUAUCAACAACAAAGACUUGAGCAGUUGGAAUGGAAGCAUUUCGCAGAGUUGGAGGAAACUGCGGCGGUGCUGCGCCUCGCUGAGGGCAACGAGCGCCCAAAAUAGUCCAGAGCCGUGCAGAGACGCACUCCUGGAUAACCAGAAUCAACACAUUCUAGUCAAUUUACCCCAAAUGAGUGUCCUGAGCACAUCCAAGAGGAACAGCAUGCAUGAGGUGAUCCGGUCCAAGCUGAGCCGGAUUCAUGUUGGCCUCAGGAAGCGCAGGGCUCUGUCCGUGCAGGAGGUCUUCCACAGUCCAACGCAUGAUCAGCCGACCUUCUACGUGCCGUCGCCGAACGACAAGGCCAACGAUUCAGGAUCGACAUCCUUACCCUUAAUCGACUGUGAUUUGCCGGAGAAGCAGAACCAUCGCAGCAGACCGAGGUCUCGCCAUCGCGAUAUCAUUGCUCCGAACCUUAUCCAUGACCAUGGUUACCACAGCUACGAGAGUCAAGGAUACGACUCUCUACCUUUUGAGCCGGAACCAGACUAUGACGAGAGUCCGUGGACGCCGCAGCAGAGACCCUGCCAGCGGCGAUGGUCUGUCGUAGAUGGUCUUAUUCGCUUCACCACGUCUCAGCAGCCGAAAAUGCCACCUGCGGGUAACCACGACUCCGGCCCACCGUCCAUGCAGUUCCAUCACGAAGCCAAGCCGACCAUAGAAACUGUAAUGAACAAGAUCCCCAAGGCCAAGCUCAUACCCGGUAAACACCAAGAGCACCGCGCUCGCUCGCAUUCCCCAGCUAAAAAUAAGACGACAAACAAGAAAGACACGAAGUCUACUCCAGCCAAAGAUAACGCACCGAAGAAUUCUAGCGCUAAAGUGGUGGCUUCGAGGAGUCAUUACGGCUGUUUCACGAGCAGCGAACAAAGACCGGAAGUCACACAGAGCUCCGACUACGAUCGGAUAAACAAGCACCACAGGCAGCAGGAAUGGUUGGAGGAAUUGGAGGAGGCAGAGGAAGAGGAGGAGGAAGAAAGCAAAUUCUGUACGUUGCCCAGAGGAGGCGGCAGUUCCUUCACCAUACGACAAGUAGCUUUCCAGAAAGGUCCUGGCUUCAAAGCUUUAGGCUUCAGCAUCGUAGGUGGUCGAGAUUCGCCCAAAGGUAAUAUGGGAAUUUACGUGAAGACCAUAUUCCCUAAGGGUCAAGCUGCUGAUGGUGGAACUCUUAAAGAAGGUGAUGAAAUUUUGGCGGUCAAUGGGAAGGCAAUGCAUGGCGCUUCCCAUCAAGAGGCUAUUUCGGUAUUUAAGCAGAUCAAGAGUGGCCAGGUGUUGCUGCACGUCGGUCGCAGGAUGUCGAAGAAACGGCGCGACAAGAUCCCUCCAGCUCUGUAAUUGCCAUGGCGAGCUCCGCAACAUUCCUACGUGCUAUGUCUCUAUUCCAAAGAUUAUCAACUUAAAGAAGAAGCAUAAACAAAGAAAGAUAUUCUAAGAUGCAAUUAAACUUGGUUAUCCAAUUAUAUAU